AUGAACACUUCAACACGCCGCCGAGACGAGCUGCUCAACAAGGAGGUCAGCGAGGCGCUGUCGUCGGCCCAAUUGAAAGAAGCCCAAGAAUUGGUUUCGAGUGGCUACGUGGGCGGCGUCGGUCUCGAGCAGCGCUACUCGCUCUUUCGACUUCAGCAUUCUCAGAAGGUCAUCUUGCCAAAAGAAUUCCAAGUGCUGCAGGGCGGUAAUUCGCUGGCAGAUCAGGCACUGGCGCAAAUGUUGGAUAAAACGAAGGAUGCAGAUGUUAUGGAGGUGGAUGAGGCAGCUGAUACUUCUGGAUUGGAUGAAUCCGUGUGCCAAGAAACUCAAUCGGCUUUGGAGCUGGUGAGAGUCGACGAGAAAGAAAAUACCGCCGAAGAGAAGGCUGUCGAAGACGAUGACCCGGAUCUUUUCGGAGUCCCAGAAGAUUCGAUGGAUUGCAAUAACUACGCCCUGAAUCCGGCCUCAGUCCUCUCUGACGGAGUCGAAGAUGCUUUUCACCAGACGCUGCCCAAGACAUUGGGCCAUUUGAUUCGGAAGAAGGAUUUGUACGACCCACACGCUGAAUACGGCUAUCAAGCCAAGUACAUCCGCGCCCACAUCAUCCACGAUACCGUCUGGCACUUUGUCUACGCCAACAAGGGUGCCAAGCCCGACGUCUUCGAGAAGUUCCCACCCAAUCUGGACCCGCUCACCCUCCCCGAAGCGCCGAUCGAGAAGCUACACGUUUAUCAGAAUGACGUCAACCACUAUCGUUUUAUGCCGCCCUGCACGUUCGGGAAUAUGCCCCCUGGAUGGUUUAUGCUGAACGAUUUCUUCUGCGCACUUCCAUUGUCCAUCCUCUGCUUGGUGGCACCGAUUCCGAAAUCGAUCCCGGGUGUCGAGCUGAAGAAGAUUCUCACCGAUCCCAUUGCCCGCCAUACCCCAUUGGCCGAUCUCCCAAUGGUACUGCGGAAGCCUUUGCUCAGGGACAAGAAGCUGAUCAAGCAAAUCGAACACUCCUUCCUCCACCUCUCCGCGAUGGGUCUCAUGAUGCUGGCCCCGAACCCGGAUGAGAAGCGCUACACCACUGCACACACUUCCGUUUUCUAUGUGGCGCCACGGGCGGCUCUGUAUGACACGAGCACCAGCGAGAAGGGCUACUCUCAAGUCACCCAGCCCAUCGAUCGCUAUAAACGGUACGUCUACGAGUUCUCCGACCACGAGGAAAUAGCCUUCUAUUGGAAUCAUAUGCGGGCUAUCAGCCAAAGUACGGAAUUGAACUAUCGGCUGGAGACAGGUGACAGGCAAAACUUCGACCCGCUGCGCCACAAACUCUACUCGUUUGGCUUGUUCAACAAGGAGCAGGUCACCUAUCAAGGUGAUUUACAUGCUGAGCCGGAAACGCCGCUGACGCCACUACCUCCAUCCGACGGAUGCGCAGGCUUCGACUCGGCCCUCUACGUCCAUUUGAAGCGGCAUUGGGAUCUGAAUCCGCGGCCCGGCGAUAUUACCGCCUGGUUUACGGCUUGGUUCAGAAAGAAAGCUGACCGGGCGAAGCCGAUCAUCGAACAGCGCGUGCAACGGCUACAGCGUGAUUGGAACUCGAUAGUCCGCACAUUUAUGCCGACGGACGUGGAAUUGACGAGGAAGAAGCGGGUCAAGGGAUCCCAAGAUCUGAUGUUGCACUCGCUGAACCAGUUGAUAAUGGAACCAAAAGUGCGACUACAGGCGUUGCCCAAGGGGCACAAGCACAAGAAGCGACCGCUGGAUAGUAUAGACAUCGUCUCCCAGCAGAAUCGCCUUCAUUUGCGGUGCCGCUUCCAGCCUCGGGAACGGGAUAUGUUGAUCCUGAUCAGGGCUGUCGGCUUUUUCCUGAACCCCGUCUACCGUUUUUGGCUGAACCCGACGGCCGUCCGGGACAUUAUGCAUGAAUAUGUGCCCGAGAGUCGAACGAAGACCGUGCAGAGCCUCAUGGCGGCAGGUGUCCGCGAGAUGACACGUCCGGAGCGGAUGGCCUACCUGCAGCGUAUCGUCCGAAACCUUGACACGUUCAAGGAGAUGCGCGCGAUGCGCCGGGAGCUCAGCUCCAGCACCGCGAUGCAGACCCAGGAGCAAAAGAUGGACUUUUUCAAGGACGCGUUCAGGAUUGCCAAUCGGUUGUUGUUCUUGGAGUCGCAGAACCUUCCCUCUACCAGCUCGAGCGACCAAUUCUUUGAGCAGUUCAUUUCUAACGGACAGACGAUCACCUCGGCCGAGCAGUCGCGCUCCGAUGCCCCGAUUCCGCUGCGGUCCCAGCGCCCGAGGUCGUUGAAGCAUAUACAACACUGCAUCGUGACCAACGUCUUGGUGGGCGUUUUCCUGCAUCACAUGAAUACGGAGCGGGAAUACAGCGAUUCUGGGGACCACUUGGUCGACCAGUUGAAUCCGACGUUUGUCAACACGGCACUACAGGUGCUUCGUGCCGACGGGCUGGUGUCGAGGGCUCGAUCUGCCGACCCGACUCAGGCCCUACAAAAGAACCAUGCUACCCUCAGCUACUAUUUCCGCCACUUCUUCAGCCAUCGCUUCCACGUCGACCUUAUCGAGCAGGUCAACCACGUGUUCAACUACCUGGCCGACUCUACCGAUCAGACGUUGGGACCGUUCGGUGAUCUCGCCGGUGCGGCGUUGCUCGCGGCAGAUUCCUUCCAUGAUGGGUCUGAGCUGUCAUUCCGCGUCGAUCCAGCUAUCAUCCAAAUGUUUGAAGAUUCUGUAGAUCAGAACCCAACAAAACAAAUUCGGCAUCUGGAGACGGCAGAUUUGCAACUGGAGAAGAUUGAUGUCUUUAUGUCACCCAAAGAACAACGUGACGCCCGGGUGACGGUUGGCCAACUGUUGGAGCGCGUGGACAAGUCGAUCCCGACCGAUGCCCUACCCGCGCAACCGCUCGAAGAAUGUCUGGCCAGCAUCGAGUUGUGCGCCGAGAUCAAAGAACAAAUCCGGAGUGUCGCUCACGCCAUUGAAGCCGCUGAGGCCUAUGGCGCGUCGGUGGAGGAUAUUGAGAUGGGCACCGGCUUGUCGCGAGCGGCCAUCCUGGAAUGUAUUGAGGGCCUCACCGCCGGCUACCAAAUCAUCGAGGCCGGCGUCGAUACGAGGCGCUACGUUUGGAACAAUUAUGUCCAAUCGUGGGCCGUCAUUGCCGGCGAUCGGUACUUCUGCCCGCGGCCGUGGAUUAUGCCCGACGGAAAAGCCUGUGCCACGAGCUUGCGCUGGAUGCUGGAAUCUCUGCUGAUGGCCAUCAUCAUGCGGCCUGGGAUCGAGCUGAAAGAUCUGAAGUUCCGCUACCAGUUCGCCUUGCAGCCGGCGUGUCUCGAGACGCUCGUGGAGCUUCUCGUUUAUUCCGGAUGCAUCACGGAAUCUGAGGAGUCGCUGCACACCAAUCAACUGGCCGGACCAUUUGACACCACACCGGCUCUCGUCAAUGUGCACUACUUUGAGCCGGUCGUUGAUGCAAUCUCCUUGUUUGCGUGCAUCUUUGAAAAUGUUCCAUCACUGCCUCUGUGCCAGCAACAAUCGGCCCAGAAGGGAGCACGCACCUUGAUGGACACAACCAUAGAC